GAGGGGGCAGGGCGCAAGUUAUCAUGGAGGAUCAGUAGGCAACUUGCGGCCAGAAGAGAAGGGCAGCUCCCGCUCUGAUCCCCUGGACUUUAUUCAACUGCGCUCCGCUCUAAAACAACCCCACCAACAACCACCUUCAAACAUGGAUAUGAAGAAGAGGAUUACUUUAGAGCUGCGGAACCGGAGCCCAGCGGAGGUCGUGGAGCUGGUGGUGGACAACAGUCGGUCUGCUGAUGGAGAGGUCGAGGGUCUGACGGACGAGUUCACAGAGCUGGAGUUUCUCAGUGUGGUCAACGUGGGUCUGAGCUCACUGGUGAAGCUGCCUUCGCUGCCCAAACUGCGUAAGUUGGAGCUGAGUGACAACAACCUAUCGGGGUCUCUGGAGACUCUUGCACAGAAAUGUCCCAACCUGACCUACCUCAACCUGAGUGGGAACAAGAUCAAAGAGCUGAGCACGUUGGAGGCGCUGCAAAACCUGAAGAGUCUGCAGAGUCUGGAUCUGUUUAAUUGUGAGAUCACCUCUCUGGAGGACUACAGGGAGAGCGUGUUCGAGCUGCUACCUCAGGUGACCUACCUGGACGGCUUCGACCAGGAGGACAACGAGGCCCCAGACUCUGAGGCCGACGACGAUGACGAGGACGGCGAGGACAGGGCGGGGCCGACCGGGGAUUACGGGGAGGAGGAUGACGAAGAAGAGGAUGAGGAUGGCUCAGAGGGAAGAGAGGUGGGGCUGAGCUUUCAGGUGAACCAGGCCAAUCAGGAUUACGAAGAUGAGGAUGACUAUGCAGACGAGGAAGAGGAUCUGCAGGGCGCUCAGGGAGAAAAGAGGAAGAGAGACGUAGAUGACGAAGGCGAGGAAGACGACGACGAUGAAGACAACUAGUCCUUCUGAUGGCCGUCGCCUGUGUGUCGUCCUGCCCCAUCUCAGUCCUCCUCUGGACCCAAGCUCCACCAAGCAGCAGCAGCUGCCGUUUGCUGCGUCCCAAGAUAGUUGGUUUCAGUUUGUUAGAGAGUCACUUGUUUUCUAGAUAAAAUUAUAUUUGUAGGGAAAGAGAUAUUAUGUGAACUUUACCUGUUGGUUCCAGCUGAAGACUUCACACGUUUCCCUUAAAAAAAAAAAAAACCUGCUUCAGGGUCAAACUGGUGUCCGUCUGGUAAGCCGAACCCCGUCGCCGGUCA